AUGGCGGCAAAUAUUCAAGACUCGAUAUUACUCUUUGGUGAUUCUAUUACCCAAAGUGGGUGGUGUGAGGGAGGAUUCGCACAAUUGCUUGCUGCUGAAUAUAACAGAAAACUCGAUGUUAUCAAUCGUGGAUUAAGUGGAUAUAAUACUGAGUGGGGCCUAGCUGCAUUCAAGCAUAUUUUUGCGCCGAGGGAAAAGCAGCCCUCGCUUCCAGUCGUUAGAUUACUUACCAUAUGGCUAGGGGCGAACGAUGCAGCACUGCCGGGAGAUAAGCAGCAUGUCUCGUUUCAUCAAUACAUGGAAAACAUUCAUACAAUGGCAUCUAUCGUUCAGUCGCCCACAUCUCCGUAUUAUUCCCCUAGGACUCGUAUCGUUCUUCUAACGCCCCCGCCUGUGAAUCCAACUCAGUUCCUCCAAGGUUUGAACCGAACACCAGAACAUACCAAAAGAUAUGUCGAUGGUGUGAAAUUGGUGGGAGAGGAACUCAAUCUCCCUGUCGUGGACGUGUGGUCAUUGUUCUGGGAGAAAGCUAGCGAGAAACAGGAAGGCCUUGUUCCUUUCUUAAGCGAUGGACUACACCUCACGAAAGAUGGAUACAAGAUGGUGUUCGAUGCUUUGAUGGAAACGAUUAAAACCUCUUACCCUGAACUGACCCCCGAGAAACUACCACAUGUUUUCCCUUGCUGGGACCAAUUAGAUCCAGAUAAUAUCGGUCCCUGCGCGCGCACAUAUCAGACGCAGUGCAUUUCAAGGAAUCCCCCUAAUUGAUCUCAAAACAGGUUUUUCUGAGCCAUUCUUAGAAUAUGCAACAUCUCUUCAGUUCACACGUAAUUUACGCAAUAAUUUACGCCAAAUGACCAUCCGCUCACGUCGGAAUAGUUCACGCGUAUUGUUUUUGACAUCGUUUCAGGUCCACCGGGCAUGCAGAGCAUCGAACCCUAAUGAAUUCCGAGCGUUUUUGCAGAUACGA